AAAUUCGGAGGUAUACAGUUGGAUGACGACCUCACUCCUAUCGGAGAGUAUUUUGAGGAAGAGCUCCCAAUAAAGCACAUCCAUAUUAUCGUCCAACCGCCAAACACUACUGCUGAUUUGAAGCACAAGGACACUUUUGAAGGAAUUUAUAUUAAUGACCCUGACAUCAGCCUUAGAACUGAAAGGGUUUCGUCCUUAAUAAAAGAACUUCUCAGACAGAAAAUAAUUCUUGUUCAGGCCCCUCCUUACUCUGGAAAAACAUCGUUAACUCAACUUAUGGAUCAUUACUUGGUUACUUCUCCAGAAUAUUCGAAGUACAGGGUUAUAAGAGUUUCGAUGAUUUGGGAAUCUUAUGUGAAUUGGUCAACGUUUGGUGAAUUUUGGAAGAAGAUAUUCGGUAUAAAUUGGGCUGAAUGGAUAGAACAACGCAAAAUCGUUCCAACAAUUUUAAUAUUAGAUGAAAUUCAAAUGAUAUGCAAGAAAGAGCGUGGAACUGAAGAAAGUAAUGAAACGAGUGCAAAUGUAUUCUGGAAAACUGUGAAGGGAUGUCUUCAAGAAGUGGAAAACAUCUAUAUCGUAAUGUUCGGGGCAUACAGAUAUCAUAGUGCCAACUCUGCAGGACUUUCCACUCCCGUUGAGAUACCACCAUCGAAAUGCCGAGGUCUCACUGAUAUCAAAUUUACUGAUAAAGAGUCAAAAGAAUGUGUUGAAAGGUACUGUGGAAAAUACUUCAAAUUGGAAGCUCAAUCUCCAAUCAUCGAAGAGUUUAGUCGCUAUAUUCAAACAACGACAGAGGGACAUGUGGACAUUUUUGCGUUCUUGAAUUCACAUGAGUUUAACUCGACGAUUGAUCGAUGCCGUGCUUCAAUAAAAGUCGAGAUCCUCUCUCCUCAGGAAUUGAAAAUAUGCGAAAAUAUUUACGUAAAUGGGAAGAUGCCCUUCAACCCUUAUAAUACCUACAUCCAACGUUUAGUCGAAUCCGGAAUUCUCAUCGUUGAUGACGAGCAUCUAUUUUUUUCGGCACCUCUUAUAAGGCGUUCAUUUUUUCAGCAACAUUAUGGAACCCACAACACUUGCCAAAUUACUCCUUCAUCACUAUAUGAUUUUGUUGUGAAAAUUAUUACGGCAAUGUGUGAUGGACCAAGCGGAAAAAUUUUGAGGGGGACUCUUGGAGUAAACGGCAACCUUCUAGAACAAACAUGGCAAAGGGAAUUUUACAGAGUCGGGACACAAGUUCAGCCGUGGUCUUUUGAUAGCAGUGAUAAGGUUUCCACUCUUCGAACAUUUAUGUAUAAUACCAAUGAUUGGACUAGCAUGAACGCGAAUUAUUUGAGAACAUUUUUACGUAUUUCCACGGACGAACCUGCGGAUAUCGUUUACGAAAUUGACGUGUUUUAUAGAGUUCAUGGUGGCACUUUAGAUACGAAUAAGGUGAAAGUGAGGAUGAAUUGA